AGAGCCACUCCACCUUCAGGCUCUGCAGCCUUAAGAGUUGUUCGGCUGUGAGUCGGUUAUCAGGCUGUAUGUAGAUUUAUAAGCUUUCUGGUGUUGUGUGUGUUGUGUGUGUGUGUGUGUGUGUGUGUGUGUGUUUUGUGCGUAUUGGCUGCAGAUGAACCGCGCAGCGCGCGCUGAGCGGAUCUGAAGCCUCUGCUCGCCGGUGAACAGAGGAGACACGACACAUAAACCUUUUCUCCCAAAUCACACAAUGAAGCUUUGGUUUUGGGUUUUUGCUGUUGUCUUGUCUCUGGACUCUACAUACGCAGGGUCGAAGACUGAUGAACCAUGUGCAGGGCGUGACUGUAGUGGAAGAUGUCCCUGUCCUCUGAUAAAAGGUAGCAGGGGUCAGCCUGGGCCUUUAGGACCGCCUGGCCCCACUGGACUCGAUGGCUUUAUUGGGGCCCCAGGGCCUGUGGGACCUAAAGGAGAAAGAGGCCAUGGUGGUCACUCAGGACCAUCUGGACCCAAAGGGGACAAGGGUCCAGUGGGUGUUCCUGGUUUUCCAGGUAUCAAUGGUAUUCCUGGUUACUCAGGCCAGGAGGGACCACCGGGACUGCCAGGAGCAGACGGCUGUAAUGGCACACAAGGUGACCCUGGUUUCCCCGCCGGCUUCCCUGGGAGACCUGGCAACCCUGGACCUCGGGGAUUACCUGGUGUCAAAGGGCAAAAAGGAGAACCACGGUUCAUUUCUACAACCUCGGUUCCUUUUGGUCCUGCUGGGGAACGCGGUCUUCCUGGUCCAGUUGGUCCCCCGGGUCCCAUCGGCCCCUUCGGUUUACCUGGUUACCCUGGACGUCCUGGUCCUCCAGGUCCCCCUGGGCCAACAGGAAACCCUGGUCAGGGUUACGAAGGAGAGAGAGGAGAGAAGGGAGAUGCGGGUCUGCCGGGACUCAGGGGUGCGCCGGCUGCUCUGUUAGGCUCGCCAGCUAUAAGCACAAUCAACAAAGGAGAGAAGGGAGACGUGGGCCUGCCCGGUGACCCAGGCCGCCCACUGGUCAAUGGAGUUGUGGAGUUUGUUGGAGUUCCAAAAGGAGACAAAGGAACUCAGGGUGAUAUUGGCUAUACUGGUGUUCCAGGACUCCCAGGUCCACAAGGACCCCCAGGCCCAUAUGGCUACAAGGGGGAAUAUGGAGAGAAGGGAAUUCCCGGAUUACCUGGUGUGAGGGGUCCUCCUGGUUUUAAUGGACCACUUGGAGAAGAUGGCCUAAAAGGGUAUCGUGGGAGCCCUGGUCUCUUUGGAUUGGGAGGCAUUCCAGGCCCUAAAGGUUAUAGGGGAGAACCAGGACCACCAGGGCGAAUCUUUGCUGGUGAACAAGAGUUAGUUUUACAAGGUCCUCCUGGUGAUCCUGGUUAUGAUGGCCUUCCAGGCCUGGUUGGAGAUGCAGGUUUACCAGGAUCUCCUGGACUGCCAGGUGACCCUGGAUCAUCAUUCUUCCAACCAGGUAUUCCAGGCCUUCCUGGCUUCCCUGGUUCUACUGGACCUAAGGGAGAGAAGGGAGACCCAGGUCUUUCAAGCUUCAGCCCUUCUGGUUUGCCUGGAGACAGAGGUUUACCUGGACCUCCAGGUCCACCUGGACCUCCAGGUCUAACUCAAGCAACUCUGUUUCCUGAGGACCUGACUGGACCACCAGGUGUAAAAGGCAGCGGAGGUCAACAGGGACAGAAAGGUUUUAAAGGAACUAAAGGUGAAACUGGACUUUGUGAUUGCUUUGGUGAAGACAUCUCUGGCAGAAAGGGUCCUCAAGGAUUUCAAGGGCUCCCUGGUUUCACUGGGCUCAGUGGGCGGAAAGGAGAAGUUGGUGACUCAGGACCUUCAGGACUCCGUGGACCGCAGGGGCCAAGUGGUCGUCCUGGAGAGCGUGGCUUUACUGGGACUAAAGGAGAGAAAGGAAACACUUAUUAUGCUGUUAGACGAGGACAGAAGGGUGACAUUGGCCAGCAAGGGCCUGCUGGUCCUACAGGAGACACUGGACAACCUGGAAGAAGUGGAGCCCCUGGUUUUCCUGGAGCACCAGGACUACCGGGAGAUCCUGGUUUUGGGGUGAUUGGAGACAGAGGAUAUCCUGGAUCUCCUGGUUUUAAGGGCCGCCCUGGUGCAGCCGGUGAGCCUGGCAUUGGCUACCCAGGCGCCGCUGGUGUUAGAGGGUUUACAGGCAGCCCUGGUAUCAGUGGGCUUCCAGGGCAGCCAGGACCUCCAGGACCACCAGGUGACAGCUGUGGGCAGGCGGGGCUUAAUGAAGCCUCUUUCACAAAGGGAGGACUGUCACUGCCCUGCAUAAUUCCAGGAGAACCUGGGAAUCCAGGUUUCCCCGGACUGCCUGGUGUGUCAGGCCCGAAAGGACAGCAGGGUCCACCAGGACUAAGUGGAAGGCCAGGUACUGAUGGGUCGAAAGGUGAGAGAGGAGAAUCAGGCAGUGGAGGUCAACCUGGAGCACAAGGCUUUCCUGGACCAAGAGGAGAUCCAGGUUUACCAGGUACUACAGAAAAUGGCUUUCAAGGUGCUCCGGGAAAAGAUGGCCUUCCUGGGUUUCAAGGACCAAUAGGAGAACCUGGCGAAACUUUAGGGGCAGCUCAAGGAAUACCUGGACUUCCAGGACAAAGAGGAGAGCUUGGAGACAAGGGCCAACCAGGCACUUCUGGAUUAUCAGGCGGACGUGGUUUUGAUGGACCCAGUGGUAACCCAGGUGUAAAGGGUGAGGGUGGUGACAAUGGCUUCCCAGGACUUCCAGGGCAGCCAGGUCCACGGGGUGUGAGCCCUUCUGAAGUCAGUGGACCUCAAGGGCCACCUGGCAAUCCUGGAUUUCCUGGACCUGCAGGUUUCCCAGGACUCAAGGGUGCAAAAGGAAACCCAGGACGCCAAGGCUUGGGUAGAAAGGGUUCUUCUGGACUACCUGGAAUUCCAGGACCAAAAGGACAAAGGGGACGUCCUGGAGAUACUAUUUCAGGACGUAACGGCCAACCAGGAAGGCCAGGAAUAAAAGGGGAGAAGGGAUUCCCUGGAUUGGUGGGAUUCCCUGGAUCACCUGGACGUUUUGGAGUCAAUGGACAGCCAGGGGGUAAAGGUCAACCUGGAAUCCCAGGAUUGGAUGGCAUACCUGGUGUAAAUGGCCUUCCUGGUUUUAAAGGGGAUCGUGGAGAGCAAGGCCCAAUAGGACCUCCCUCUACACCCCUUCCACUGCGUCAGGAGAAAGGGGACCGGGGUACUCCUGGAGCUACUGGACUGCCUGGUUUUCCAGGACCACGAGGUGAUAAGGGAACCCCAGGUUUUCCUGGUCGUCCAGGCUUUCCUGGUCAGCAAGCAUUUGUUGAUGGAGCUAAGGGUCUACCUGGUGAUCCAGGUCUCCAAGGGCGCACAGGUUCUUCAGGAUUUGCAGGACCUAAAGGGGCACCUGGUGUUUCUGGUUUCCCUGGCAUGACUGGACCUAGGGGUGCUGAUGGAGUUCCUGGUUUGUUUGGAUCACCUGGUACUUCAGGAUUGCCUGGUAGCAAAGGUGUCAAAGGAGACUCUACUGGAGCACCUGGGACCCCUGGAAGAAGGGGACUGGUGGGAGAUUUUGGAUACCCUGGUAUCCCAGGCCGUCCUGGUGAUCAAGGUUCUCAGGGUUUGCCAGGAGGGUUUGGAUAUCCUGGGGAGAAAGGUCUACCUGGAAAUCCAGGAAGGCCUGGACAAGAAGGUCUGCCUGGGCCCCAUGGCACUAGGGGUCUCCCUGGUUUUCAAGGACAGAGGGGACGGGAUGGUGAACCAGGUUUCCCUGGGGCUCCAGGUCGUGCAGGAGUAAAAGGUUUAUUAGGAUCCCCUGGUUUAGAUGGACUCAAUGGACUUUCAGGGCCCAAAGGUCAACCGGGAGUACCUGGUGUAGUAGAGGGCGGUCAGCCUGGAGCCCCGGGAUUGAAUGGACUAAAGGGAGAAAGAGGCUCAUCACUGCCCGGAGUACCAGGAUUUCCUGGAGUAAAGGGAGCCAAAGGAAAUAUUGGUUACCCUGGACAGCCAGGGUUCCCAGGUCCUCCAGGUCCUCGUGGGGGACCAUCCAUUUCUCCUAACAUUCGUGGUCCUCCAGGAGAUGCUGGUUUACCUGGACUUGAUGGUGAAAGAGGUAUUCCUGGCCCCACUGGUCCUCCUGGUCCAGCUGGGCCUGGAACAGACCAGGGUGACAGAGGAGAUCCUGGAUUUCCUGGAUUACCUGGAAUCCCUGGGAAACGUGGUGAACCUGGAUUUGCAGGAGGACGUGGGCCACCUGGCAACCCAGCAUUCAAAGGACUGAGAGGAGACCCUGGAGUUAGUGGACUAACAGGACGCCCAGGCUCCCCUGGAGAUCCGGGAAGUUAUGGUAGCAAAGGAGCAAAAGGAUUUAUGGGUACACCUGGUAGCAAAGGCCUUCCAGGAAUUGUUGUCCCACCCCAAAUACAGGACUUGCCAUCUGGGAAUCCUGGUCCACAAGGUGCCCCUGGCAUUGCCGGUUAUACAGGAUCACCAGGCCAGCCUGGUUUCCCUGGACGUCCAGGUACUAAAGGAAAGAUUGGACCAAUAGGCAAACCUGGUCGCACCGGUCCAGCUGGACCUUCAGGACCCAUUGGAGACCCUGGAGCUCCAGGAUAUCAAGGAUCUGCCGGUUACAAAGGUUUUCCUGGUAGGCAGGGACCACCAGGUCCUCCAGGUUUGCCUGGACGUGCCAUUGGGAUCGGCUACACUCUGGUGAAGCACAGCCAGUCCAGCCAGGUGCCGAUGUGCCCUCAGGGCAUGGACAAGUUGUGGGAUGGCUACAGCUUGCUUUAUGUAGAAGGACAGGAGAAGGCACAUAACCAAGACCUGGGAUUGGCUGGCUCCUGUCUACCUCGUUUCAGCACUAUUCCCUUCCUUUACUGCACAACCAAUGAGCUCUGUUAUUACGCCAGCCGCAAUGACAAGUCCUACUGGCUGUCCACAACAGCACCCAUUCCCAUGAUGCCUGUGGCCAAUGAGCAGAUUACUCAGUACAUCAGCCGUUGUUCAGUGUGUGAAGCCCCAUCUCAAGCUGUGGCUGUCCACAGCCAAGACAUCACUAUUCCCCCCUGUCCACAGGGGUGGAGGAGCCUGUGGAUUGGUUACUCCUUCCUUAUGCACACAGCUGCGGGGGCUGAGGGAGGUGGCCAGUCCCUGGUUUCUCCUGGCUCAUGUUUAGAAGACUUCCGUGCAACACCUUUUAUUGAAUGCAACGGGGCUCGGGGCACCUGUUUCUUCUUCAACAACAAACAUAGCUUCUGGCUAACCACUGUGCAACAGCAGAGGCAGUUUACACAAAGUCCUAAUUCAGAGACCCUGAAGGGAGAUCAGUACCGUAGCCGCAUCAGCCGCUGCCAGGUCUGCAUGAAGAUCUUGUAGCCUGUGCACACUCAAGGAGAGGAGAGGGGACAGAGAGAACAGAACUUUAAACAGAAAGAAUAGAGAACAAGAAAUGAGAAAGCAAAUAUUGACUGACUGACUGACUGACUGACUGUAUGAGACCCUCUCUUCUUGGUGCUUUUUGUAGCCUUCUCCAAGGCCAGGUUUAAAAGGGGCAAACAGCUCCAAGUAAAGAGGUUUUAUUUUUGCUUUUUUUAUUUCACUUAUCAACAUUGGUGCUACAAGAAACUGCAUUGUUUUAUUUUUAUUUUAACUAGUCAUUGUUUGUCUUACAUAUUCAUGGCUACCUCGGAGAGUGUGUCCCAAAUCCCCGGGAAGCACUGAAACAUUAAUGUGAGACCACAGGCAUUUUGUAACACACGCCAAAAUCUUCUGGUUCACCUAGUCCAAAGUGCGCUAGUCUGAAUCAAUGAUCACAUGUUUUGGGGGGGGUUGGUUCCCUGACAUAUGGCACAAACUAUAAUAUCUUGCUUGCUUGAUUGAGGAAAGUGGGCAAAUGGGCAAACCAGCACAAAUGAAGAAGAUUGUGGCUUAUGGUUAACACUUGAAAUUACAAUCCUCUCUAACCCCCCACACAUGUACCCUUAAAGUAUUGCACUGAAAUGAAUAUCUGGAAAAAAAAUAAUAUGAGUAUUAGCAACUGUAGAAAAUUAACAUUCCACUUUUACCAGGUGCCUUGCCAAAUAUCUCGAAUAACUCUAAAAAACAGUGUCAUGAUCUGAUUAAUAGACUUCACUCUCUACAUACAUAUGAACUGUAUCAUUUUCAUACUCAUAAUUUCACCUGUACUACAAUGUUGCCUACAAGGAGCCACUCAGCUGAGCAGAACAUCUGUGCAUUAGAUAUUCCACACUCAAAUGUAUACCUACAAUUGCAGGAAAUGUCUGUAAUCACUGCUGUUAUUUUUUAGUCUUUCUACAGUGUGUUUGUAAAGUCUCUUAAAGAGACAGGCUAAUAUGUAACCACUAUAUUCGUUAGCUUCUUAAGCUCUCUUUGGUAGCCUUGAGUUUUCAGUAUGGUUUCAUCUGUAAUGUGUGUAAACCGUUAAAUUGCAGGUUCAUCCAAUGGUAUAAAAGAAACAAUGUAGUAAAUCACAAAACUUGGAUGUAUGAUUUGUACAUUAAGGAUGGUUUAUUAAGGCAUAUAUAUCUUUAUGUGUAUAUUAUAACAGUAUUUGUAUUUUUCUUACACUGAUUUACAUGUAAUUACAUAAAUACAUUUUCUCCUACGUAAAUUUAGGUCUAUCACAUAGCUGGAUUUCCAGUAUUAGUUUUGGUGCAGAGUUUUUUUUUUUUUUUAACCAAAGCUGUUUCAAUAAACAGAGAGUAUAAUUGUGCUCCCUAAUUAAUAAAGUGUUGAAACUAAAUGAUA